UUUCAUUUCCCACGACGCGUCGGAGUGAUUUUGUCGCGGUUAAUGCUAUCCCGAUUUGCUCUCUCCACGCGGGGCCGCUGAUCGAGCGCCCGCGGCCGUUGAUUCCGGCGCAGCCUCUUCUUGUCAUCAAAUCCCCAGCAAAGCAAGCCAACCCUCCCGCACUCCCCCGGCCGCCUCCCUCGGUGACACCCUCUCCCUCGCUCCUCUCUGCGCCUUCCGCCGGCCGUCACCAUGGGCUGCUUCGGAUGCUUUGGCCCACGUGCGGGCGGUGGAAGCGCCGCCCGCAAGCCUUCCAGGCUCGUCAACCACUGCACCGACGACUCCUCAGUCGUCGACGCGCGGAGGAAGGUGGCGCCGGACGUGGGGAACGGCUGCGCGCACAGCUUCACCUUCAAGGAUCUGCUCGUGGCCACCGGGUACUUCAACCAGGCCAACUUCAUCGGCCAAGGCGGCUUCGGCAAGGUGUACAAGGGCAAGAUCUCCAGGACCAACGCGCAGGGCGUUUCCGACACGCAGGUGGUGGCGGUGAAGCAGCUCGGCCGGGAGAGCCUGCAGGGGAGCGCCGAGUUCCUGGUGGAGGUGCUGCUGCUCACCAUGCUCAGCCAUCCCAACCUCGUCAGCCUCGUCGGCUUCUGCGCGCAGGGGGACGAGAGGCUUCUCGUAUACGAGUACAUGCCUUUCGGCAGUCUCGAGAGCCAUCUGUUUGAUGUGCCUGUUAGUAAGCAGCCACUUGACUGGAAUACUCGUGUGAAGAUAGCUGUUGGAGUAGCAGACGGGCUAUGGUAUUUGCACAAUGUGGCAGAUCCACCGAUCAUUUAUCGCGAUAUGAAAGCUGCCAAUAUUCUUUUGGAUGAGGAUUUCAAUCCAAAGCUUUCUGAUUUUGGACUCGCAAAAGUUGGACCUGUUGGUGACAGAACUCACGUCUCUACCAGGGUUAUGGGUACCUUUGGAUACUGCGCCCCUGAUUAUGCGGUGACUGGGAAGCUUACCCUGAAAUCUGACAUAUAUAGCUUCGGUGUUCUUCUGUUGGAACUGAUCACUGGGAGAAGCAUUUAUGAUGCAUCAAGGCCUAAACCAGAGCGGGAUUUACUGACAUUGGCAAGACCGUGUAUGCUUAACAAGAGGAAAUACCACAGGCUUGCUGAUCCAGCUCUUCAGGGUGCCUACCCACCAUUGGCGUUCAACCAGUUAGUCGUGAUCAGCAGCAUGUGCCUGCAGGAACAGCCCCAGUUCCGCCCGAUCAUCAACGAUAUUGUAGUAGGCCUUAACCAUAUUGCAAGCCAGCCGUAUGUCUCAUCUAUGAGUUCUCCAGCUUACUGCGGGUCACCACAGUUCGACCGCACGCCGUCCAGAAGACGAGGCGGCAGAAGGGCUGCACAGUAUUCGUCAUAGCCUAGAGCAUGGUGAGAGAUGUGUAGGUCGUUGAACUUGAAACUGUCAAAUGUCAUAAGAGUCAAUGGCUUCUCGGUUCUAAGACCUGGUCUUAAAAGACUGAGAGGUGUACGAGAGUAGUUGGAGCUGAUGAUGACUGUUGUUUUUUUCGUGUUCUUCAUUGGUCUUAGUUCAUAAAUUAUGUGUCCUGUGUACAUAUGG